CUUGAAGUAGGCAACUUUUUCUUUUCACCCCAACCCCGAGUCUGAGAAGUGGAGAUUACUGAAGGAUUAGACUCCACUGGACCAGCUGGCCUCCCAAAUUCAUCCUUAAAAUAUCUCAGGAAUGCUGAUACCCCCUCUCAUGAUGGGAACCGUUGAACCUGAUGGAGGCGCUGUUUAGUGCYACCUCCAUGAGCAGGUUGCUAGGUAAGAGCUGGACAGGACAGGGAGUGCAGUUGAACUCACAUUGUCUUUGUGCAGUUUGGGGCAAGUGACAGAAACKAGGCUUAUUCACGUCACAACAUGGCUUAAGACUUAUUUAACAUUUACGCGACAGACAAUUAAACGGAUUUGGAGAUGUUUUAUUCUUUUCCUCAAGGGCUUCAUGGGGAAGGAGCUGUUCUGCUUCACUAAACUGCACCUUUCCUCGACUUUGGUACAAAGGAGGAUCUGUCCGCCCCGCUGCAGGUAGAUAACUGUGCGCAGAAGUGAGGCGGAAGCUGCUCGUGCGAGAGGAAUCAACCUGUUCGAUGUUUUCCCGACCGUCCGGAUCAAAGCAGCAGUUAAUAGGAGGCGUUAAGUUCUCCGAGCGAGUGGUGGAAGCAGUGAAAUGGACCCAAGCUGAUGCCCAGUGACCCCAGYCUGCCCCGCAGAGAUGGCAGCCUGUCCAGAGGUGCUGCCCUUACCUGAAGCCGUGGUUGGGAGCGUUUUACUGCUGGUGCUGAGCAGUAAUCCCGUAUGGGGAAAUUCCACUCCUACGACCCCCAGUCCUACCAACAACACGAUUCAGGGACCAAACAUUGCAGCUAUCGUGGCCCCCACAGUCACCCUGGGCGUUCUGGCCAUAGUUCUGGGCAUUCUUGGCUAUCUGUUCUUUGUGGUGAAGAAGAAAAGACAAACCGAAGGAACCUACAGGCCCAGCGCAGAGGAAAAUUCUGGCCCUCGCAGCGUGGCCGCGCCAGAUGCCUUAAAGCUACCAAAGGAGGAGAGACUCAUUUGAGAUUUGUGCAAAAUACCAAAACGGACAAAAAGUUGCAAGCACGUUAUCGUGGCGCUGUUGCUAAGUGACGUGGCUUUAAGCUGAUAAACUGAGGAAAGAACUUCAGGUUCAAGAGAGGACGGGGAGUGAGCUUUUAAACUCCACAGCAUGAUUCAUAAACCAACUGCUUCCUUUGUAAACAAGCACUGAAUAGUUUCUGCUUGGCACCCAGCAGAGGAGCGCUCGAUGAUCUAAUGGAGGGAAUCAAGAACAAUUAAACACUUCAAUCAACUCUGAAUGUCAAAUAAGCACAUUUGAUACUGCAGUAUUUCAUAGGCACUAAUAAUUGUAGUUGUUAUAUGUUUUCUUUUUUUUGGGGGGGGGGGUUAGUAUCCAUAUGACAAUGUAACACAUCAAUUGAUUAAGCCCAUUAUGAAGUCACUUGUCAAUCUAUGCUGAUCUAUAAUGUCAUACUAUUUUUUGUUCACUUAAUUUCAUUUGAAAUGGACAUGGAAGUCUCUUUUUAUUUGAUGGAUUAUAUCAAACAUGAUUUUAUUUUAACCUAAGCCUGCUGUGUAAAUACAAAACAUUUCUGAUUUUCUUCAAGCAAAAGCAAAAAGCUAUCAAAUGUUUACACUUUGAAGUAUUCUUGGAGCAAUCGUCAUUUAUAGUGGUAUGGUUCAUACAUUUCAUCGGAUCAUUUCGGCAUGUUUAUUUAUGCUUUUACCAAUUAAAUAGUGAAAUAUUG